ACGUGUUCACACCUUGGUACAAAUAAGUUCAUAAAAAUGAUAACAAAAUACGAACUCGUUAAUAGUGUAAUUAAUUUAACAUAAUUGUGUUUUUAUAAUUAAAGUCUUCAAAGUUUUUGAUAAUUUGUGGGUAGUUCAGUUGUAGCAACCCUGUUGACGUUACGAGACACUUUAACUUAUCUUAUGCUUUAGUUUACUUAUUUAACAAGAAUAUUAAUGAGUGAUAGUGAUAUCGGAUUGAACCCAAACGAAGAAAAUGUUGCGUUUCGUUUUUACAACUUUAUUCGUUAUAACAAAUGUGUUUAGCUUAUAGGACUUUUGAUCUGGACGGCGAGGAAACUAUAUUGACUUUUGAAAAUGAGAAAAUUCAUAUUGGAUGCAAAUCGGAUUAUCCCAUGUCUUACUGCGGGUUUGUGGAUCCGUAUGGAAAGCGAUACUCAUUUACAGAUUUGGCUGUACACGACGGUCAAUGUGUGCAUGUUAUUAAAGCGAAAAAGGCCGAUAGCGGGGAGUGGAAAUGCCAUAUCGGUAGCAAAUCAAUUCGGUUGGAGACUAUCAAGAAAAUCCGUGUAAGAGUGGUUAGUCAGUUAGCCGCAGUUCAACCAAAUAUUACGGCACAUCUUGGGAAGCCGAUGACCUUAACUUGCGCCACAACUGGAGGCUUUAUCCCACUGAGUUACUGUCGAUUUGAACCGCCAAAUGGGAGAUCUUUUAGUAUCGACGAAAGUGUAACAGAUUCCAACCCUAUUCUGAAUAGAUAUUUCUAUCCUAAUAACCGAAGUCUGGACCGAGGAGAUUGUUGUGUUACUAUACGUAAGGUGAAACCUGAGGACCAAGGAUUAUGGAUGUGUGGGGCUGGACUGGAAGAUGGCAAAGAGCAUUUCGACACUAUUACCUUUGAUAUUGAAGGGAUCAACACAAUGUCCACGGCAUCGACAACAGCGGUAACUAUUGGUGGGAUUUUAGUAGCCAUUGCUUUGGGUUUCAUUAUUUACGGGCUGUGGAAGAGAAAGGGACUAUUAGGAGUCCAAAAUCAGCCUGAAGACAUAGAAAUGAGAACACCACAAGCAAGAAGACAGGUGCCAGAGUUGGUUGUUAUAUCUCCUUCUACAGCUACUCCCGCCGAGUCUCCACUCAUGUCGAGUACGAGGUCCGAAUAAUGCUUUAAAUGUUCUGUUGUAUGUAGAUCAUGCUAUUUGUAGUAUCAGGCUGGGCAUCCCGAAGCUGCUUGUGGGUAAUUUUGAACAACUAGGCUAAGAUUUUAAUGUGUUCUUGACGCAAAUAAAACUCAGUUAUAUUAACCCUAGAAAGAUAAUCAUACGUCAUUUUGACGUAAGUAUAAACGUUUGAGUGGGCACAUGCUGGAAUUUGUAUAUCAUAUGCUUAUGAAUGUGAUUGUCAGCUUUAAUAUAUGCAAAUAACUUAAUAAUAAAUUAAAAAAAACAUAAGUGUAUACACUAUACAUAUAUUUAUAUUAGCUAAAUCUUAAAUAAACUAAACACAGCUCUUUUAACACUAAAAAACUUCUCUUCAUCAGCCUUAUAAUUUAAGAAAUAAACUUUUUAUAAAAUGAUCAACCUUAACUAAUAUUUUUUUUAUUGUUGUUAGCCUUCAAUGCACUUAGGACAGGCGCUCGACUUAUGCUCUCCAGUAGGUAUAUAAUGACGAAAGUAUUGCACUUAUCUAAAAAACACGACUGUCACCUGCAAGCUACUUGGGUCAACUGAGUUGACACUUGACACUUGACAGGAACGGCCAGUGCCAUGGCGCGUAUAUAGAAACAAAUAAUAUAGAUUUUUUUAAAUCGACUAGGUACGUCGAUUCGACGUAGGUUAUCUUUCUAGAGUUAAAACACUUUUGUCAUGGCUAUUGUUAAAAUUGUAUUAGGAUUAUUGCAUCUGUUAAUGUAAAUAAAUAGAUUUAAUUUUAA